AAGUCCGUUUUGCCGCCUGGCCUCAUGUGAACGCGAAGGCACGGCUAUGCGUGUGGAAAGCCGGCGGUCCGGGAAACGAAGGUGCCAGCUGCUAUCAUGGCUGAUGGCGAGAGCAGAGGACCCUUCCACUCGCUGUCGAGCGAUGACGUCCGGGUCCCCAUAACCUCCAGCCCCUCCGCCAGCCAGGCGUCUCCCCCCGGGGAGGAGAAAGACGAGGAUGCCCUCAGCGCUUGUAAAUCUAUCCAGGACAGUUUGGCCUCCGCGGGAUCGUCCACCAGGGAUCCGGCCCAUGAGGGAGAGAACCAGAUCCCGUACCCGGCUCUGGCCCCCACCGUCUUCUUCCUCCUCCACCAGACAACCCAGCCGCGCAGUUGGUGUCUCAAGUUGGUUUGUAACCCCUGGUUCGAGCACGUCAGCAUGCUGGUCAUCCUUCUGAACUGCGUCACCCUCGGGAUGUUCCAGCCGUGUCAGGACAGCAACACCUGUACAUCGGAGAGGUGCGCCAUCUUGGAGGCAUUCGACCAUUUCAUCUUCGCCUUCUUCGCCGUGGAGAUGGUCAUCAAGAUGAUUGCGCUGGGGAUCUUUGGGCAGAAGUGCUACCUGGGGGACACUUGGAACCGCCUGGACUUCUUUAUCGUAAUUGCUGGCAUGAUGGAAUAUUCUUUGGACGGCCACAACGUCAGCUUAUCCGCCAUCCGUACCGUCCGGGUACUCAGGCCUUUACGAGCCAUUAACAGGGUGCCAAGUAUGCGCAUACUGGUCACCCUGCUGCUAGAUACUCUGCCUAUGUUAGGCAACGUUCUUCUCUUAUGCUUCUUUGUCUUUUUCAUCUUUGGGAUCGUCGGGGUGCAGCUCUGGGCCGGGCUGCUGAGGAACAGAUGCUUCCUAGACACCCAUUUUCAAAUGACAUACAACUUGACUUUCCUGCAGCCGUAUUACCGGGCGGAGGAAGGGGACGAGAAUCCGUACAUCUGUUCAUCCCACAGGGACAAUGGCAUGCAGAAGUGUUCCAACAUCCCCAACCGGAAAGAGUAUAAGGUGGAAUGUACUUUGAGCAUGGACUCGUACAACCCACAUUCGUACACGCUGGAUUUCAGCCACCGGAACGCCUGCAUAAACUGGAAUCAGUAUUACAACAUCUGCAGGACGGGGGAUCUCAACCCGCACAAUGGAGCUAUUAAUUUUGAUAAUAUUGGCUAUGCUUGGAUAGCUAUUUUUCAGGUGAUCACCCUGGAAGGAUGGGUCGACAUCAUGUACUACGUCAUGGACGCGCACUCUUUUUACAAUUUUAUAUAUUUUAUACUACUUAUAAUAGUCGGUUCUUUCUUCAUGAUUAACUUGUGCCUGGUUGUGAUAGCAACACAGUUUUCUGAAACAAAACAACGGGAGAACCAGCUGAUGAAGGAGCAGCGAGCCCGCUACCUCUCGAACGACAGCACAAUCGCCAGCUUCUCCGAGCCGGGGAGCUGCUACGAUGAACUCCUCAAGUACAUCUGCCACAUUUUCAGGAAAGUCAAACGGCGGACGUUGCGCGUCUACAACAACUGGCAGAGCAAGCGGCGGAAAAAGGUGGACCCCGACAGCGGUGCCGGCGGGCAAGGCCGCCCGCGCAAAAAGCGCAUCACCUCCAUCCACCACCUGAUCCACCACCAUCACCACCACCACCACCACUACCACAUAAGCAACGGGAGCCCCCAAGGGCCGCGACUGAACCCGGAGAUCUGCGACCUGGAACUGAAGGUCAUGAAACCCGGAGGCCAGCUGAUGCUUCCGCCAUCGUCCCCCAACCUCCGGAGCUCCCCGGACUCGGACUCCGUCCACAGCGUUUACCAUGCCGACUGCCGCGCGGAAGGGGCCCAGGUGAAACGCAAGUCUUCCAACGUCUCAGCAAGCAUCAGGCUCGCGAACCGUGGCAACACGAACUACCCGACCAUCUUGCCUUCCCCCGCGAGCAGGGCCGGGGUCGCGCUGGCCCCCCAAGGGAAGAAAAACGGUGGCGGCGGCACCCCCAUGGCCAUGGUCAACAGCCCGGCUCGCUUGAACGUGGAUCCUUACGAGAGGCUCCAGCAUUUGGUAGGAGAACGUGGUCUUUUCCGGACGUCCAGCAGGCUGUCGGGCUUGAACGUCUCCUGCCCGCUGCCCAGCCCGCAGGCCAGCAUGUUGAACUGCGAGCUGCAGAACUGCCCGUAUUGCGCCAGCAUCUUGGAGGACCCCGAGUUCGAGUUCAGCGAAUCGGACAGCUAUGAGUCCGACGGCGACACUGGGGUCUACGAGUUCACCCAGGAUGUGAAGCAUGGGGACCAGAGAGACCAGAUCCAGCAACAGAGGAACAAGAAGAAGAAAAAGAAGAAGAAGAAGCCGGAGGAGAGGAACCGAGUCUGCCGACUUUGGAAGGCCUUUGGCAACAAGCUGAAGAGGAUUGUGGAGAGCAAGUACUUCAAUCGCGGGAUCAUGAUUGCCAUCUUGAUCAACACAUUGAGCAUGGGUAUUGAAUAUCACGAGCAGCCGGAUGAGUUGACCAACGCCCUAGAGAUCAGCAACAUCGUCUUCACCAGCAUGUUUGCCCUCGAGAUGCUUCUCAAGCUGAUGGCCUUUGGCAUCUGGGGCUACAUCAAGAACCCCUACAACAUUUUCGACGGCAUCAUUGUCGUGAUCAGUAUCUGGGAGAUCAUCGGCCAGUCGGAUGGAGGCCUUUCCGUGCUGAGAACCUUCCGACUCCUCAGGGUCCUUAAGCUGGUGCGGUUCUUGCCAGCUCUCCGGCGCCAACUGGUGGUCCUGAUGAAGACCAUGGACAACGUGGCCACCUUCUGCAUGCUGCUCAUGCUCUUCAUCUUCAUCUUCAGCAUUCUUGGUAUGCAUCUUUUUGGGUGCAAGUUUGGCUUGAAAACAGACACGGGGGACACCAUCCCUGACCGAAAGAACUUUGAUUCCUUGCUCUGGGCGAUCGUCACCGUCUUUCAGAUCCUCACCCAAGAAGACUGGAACGUGGUCUUGUACAACGGGAUGGCCUCCACCUCUUCCUGGGCAGCCCUCUACUUCGUGGCCCUCAUGACCUUCGGCAACUAUGUGCUCUUCAACCUCUUGGUCGCCAUCCUGGUGGAAGGUUUCCAAGCGGAGGGUGACGCCAACCGGUCUGACACAGAUGAGGACAGAACGUCGACCAACUUUGAGGAGGAUUUUGAGAAGCUGAAGGAGCUACGGGCUUCCGAGAUGAAGAUGUACUCCCUGGCGGUCACGCCCAACGGCCACCUGGAGGGCAAAGGGAGCAUGCCCCCUCCGAUCAUCAUGCGCACCGCUGCCACCCCCAUGCCCACCCCCAAAUGCUCCCCGCACAUGGACUCCGUUCACCCUUUUGCGGAUUCCAGAAGAGAGAGCAACGCAUCUCUUGACCCUCUGAGCUUCGACCAAAAGUCCCUGUCCAGCCUCCGCAGUUCCCCCUGUGCAAACUGGGGGGCCGGCAGCAACUGGGGCAGCCGCCGCUCCAGCUGGAACAGCCUGGGGCGGGCCCCGAGCCUCAAGAGGAAGAGCCAGUCCGGGGAGCGCGAGUCCUUGCUCUCCGGGGAAGGGAAAGGCAGCACCGACGACGAGUCGGAGGACGCCAAGCUCAGCGCCGCUGGCCGCCCCCCUUUGCACCGCCGGGCGGAGUCCCUGGAUUGCCGAGGGGCCCUGGACUUGCCGGAGCUUCUCCAAGUGCCAGGGACGCGCCACUCCUUGAGCGUCAACCCCUUGGCCAUGGUGCCCGCCGAGUACCAGGACUGCAACGGCAAGAUGGUUCACGUGCCCAGCGAGUUCUACCUGCACAUGGACGGCCACAAGGACGAUCCCCUCGACUACGAUGAUGACCUGGAAGAUAGUUACUGCUACCGGAUCCGGAAGGUUUUAGAGCCCUUGAAACCCGGCUGGUGCCGGACCCACGAAGACUGGUCCCUUUACUUGUUUUCGCCGCAGAAUCGGCUUCGGGCCACGUGCCAGAAGGUCAUCGCUCACAAGAUGUUUGACCACGUGGUGCUGGUCUUCAUCUUCCUGAACUGCAUCACCAUCGCACUGGAGAGGCCAGACAUCGAUCCCAGCAGUACGGAGCGGAUAUUCUUGAGCGUCUCCAACUACAUCUUCACAGCCAUCUUCGUGGUCGAGAUGAUGGUUAAGGUCAUCGCUCUGGGUUUUUUCUCCGGGAAACACACCUACCUCCAGAGCAGCUGGAACGUGCUGGACGGCAUCCUGGUCUUUGUCUCCAUCAUCGAUAUAAUCGUUUCCAUGGCGUCCGCAGGCGGAGCAAAGAUCCUCGGCAUCCUUCGCGUCCUCAGGCUCCUGCGCACCUUGAGGCCUUUAAGAGUCAUUAGCAGAGCUCCAGGGCUGAAGCUCGUGGUGGAGACGUUGAUAUCCUCCCUCCGGCCGAUCGGCAACAUCGUGCUCAUUUGCUGCGCAUUUUUCAUCAUCUUCGGCAUUUUGGGAGUGCAGCUCUUCAAAGGCAAAUUCUACUACUGCGAAGGGCCCGACAUUCGGAACGUCUCCACAAAAGCUGACUGCACCAACGCCCACUACAAAUGGGUCAGGCGGAAGUACAACUUCGACAAUUUGGGGCAGGCCCUGAUGUCCUUGUUCGUCUUGUCCUCCAAAGAUGGCUGGGUGAACAUCAUGUACGACGGCUUGGAUGCGGUGGGCAUUGACCAGCAGCCCAGCCAGAACCACAACCCGUGGAUGCUGCUGUACUUCAUCUCCUUCCUCCUGAUCGUCAGCUUCUUCGUGCUCAACAUGUUCGUCGGGGUGGUGGUGGAGAACUUCCACAAGUGCCGGCAGCACCAGGAGGCCGAGGAGGCCCGCCGGCGGGAGGAGAAGCGCCUGCGGCGGCUGGAGAAAAAGCGUAGGAGUAAGGAGAUAUACAUGUCUGAAGCCCAGAGGCGACCAUACUACGCGGACUACUCGCCGGUGCGGAAGUACAUCCACACCCUCUGCACAAGUCACUACUUGGAUCUUUUCAUCACCUUUAUCAUCGGGGUCAACGUCAUCACCAUGUCCAUGGAACACUUCAACCAGCCAAAGUCAUUAGACGAAGCGUUAAAAUACUGCAACUACAUAUUCACCAUUGUGUUCGUGGUUGAAGCCGUACUGAAGCUGGUGGCCUUUGGAUUACGGAGAUUCUUCAAAGACAGGUGGAACCAGCUCGAUCUGGCCAUCGUCCUGCUGUCCAUCAUGGGGAUCACCUUAGAGGAAAUUGAAAUGAACGCCGCCCUUCCCAUCAACCCGACGAUCAUCCGUAUCAUGCGGGUCCUGCGGAUUGCGAGAGUCCUAAAGCUGCUCAAGAUGGCGACAGGGAUGCGGGCCCUGCUGGAUACCGUGGUCCAAGCUCUACCCCAGGUAGGCAACUUGGGCCUGCUUUUCAUGCUCCUGUUUUUUAUCUAUGCUGCCCUGGGAGUGGAGUUAUUCGGGAAGUUAGACUGCAGCGAAGACAACCCUUGCGAAGGCCUGAGUCGCCACGCAACCUUCAACAACUUCGGCAUGGCCUUCCUCACGCUCUUCAGGGUGUCGACGGGGGAUAACUGGAAUGGGAUCAUGAAGGACACCCUGCGGGAAUGCCACCGGGACGACAAGCACUGCCUCACCUACCUGCCCGUCAUCUCCCCCGUCUAUUUCGUCACCUUCGUCCUCAUCGCCCAGUUCGUCCUGGUCAACGUGGUGGUGGCCGUCCUGAUGAAGCACCUGGAGGAGAGCAACAAAGAAGCCAAGGAGGACGCCGAGAUGGACGCCGAGAUCGAGCUGGAGAUGUCCCGGGCGGCCAGCACCCCAGCCCGAACCCCGGAUGGGGGAGGACCCCCGGGCAGCCUCGACGCUUCCAAGCCAGGGUCCCCCUUCCUGGUGAAACACCCAGGCCUGGAGGUUCUGAGCUGUGAUAAUGUGUCUUUAGCCAUCCCCGACCUAGACCUGCUGGAGAGAGGGGCGGACACCUUGAUGGAGUUUGCGUCCUUCUAUCCUUCUCCUCACCGCUCUGUCCCAACACCUUCCCGCUAUGCCCCAGGCGGGGUGGCCAAGGAAGCCGUCGCCGGCCUUGGGCCGAACUGGGACCCUCAGAGCCUUCUCAUGGUGCGCAAGAUCUCCGUGGCCAGGAUGCAUUCCCUGCCCAACGACAGCUACAUGUUCCGGCCGGUGAUCCCAGCAAAGGCCCCAUAUCCACUCCACGAAGUGGAGCUAGAGGCUUACUUACAUAAAUCGCCCAGAGGAUCCAUCACUUCUGUGCGUUCCCAGCCGGUGGGGAUGUGCUCUUCUCUGACUGUUCCCCGGGAGGUCCUUCACCCAACAACCCCGCCUCCACACCAUGACGUGGGGGGGCCGUGGAAGCUGCGCCCCCCACAUGCAGCGUCCCGGUCCUCAAGUCUCAACAGGCUGCUGUGUAGACAGGAGGCCGUUCAGAGGGAUUCCUUGGAUGGCCAGAACGCAGACCCCAAGGAGAGCAAGCCAGCUGAGGCCUGUGAGAACCCGCCGCCAAAGAAGCUGUCCCCGAACACGUUGGGCCCACCUAUGUUCCCCCCGCCUCCCGUGUCCCUGCCCGGGACGCCCCCGCUUCCCCCUGCUUCCCCCCAUAAGCCCCCGAGCGUCAGUACCCACAAGCACACGUUCAGCCAGCACAGCAUUCCCAGCCGGCCAUCCAGUCGCAACUGCGACCCCGACAGCUUUCUCUUCGGGUCCUCCGACCUGGCCGACGAGGAGGUCAGCCACAUCAACAGCUCUGCGAGAGGGUGGGCCCAUCGGCAGGACAGCGGGGACCUCUCGGACUCCCCUUUCCUCUCGCCCCCGUUGUCGCCGUUCCCCCUGAAGAACAGCAGCACGACCAGCUUGACGGGGGGGAGCAGCAAAGAGAAAGACUUGAAGAAGUUCUACAGUGUCGACACGCGGGGGUUCUUGGCCAAGCCGAGCUGGGCGGAUGACCAAAGACGGCACUCCAUUGAGAUCUGCCCAUCCAUCACUGAUGGCGAACGUAGCUUCGCGGAGUCCCCCGAGGAGAAGAAACGGCUUCCUCUCCACGGCGAGGCCGAGUAUAUCCACGGGGUGCGGCGGAAGAAGAAAAUGAGCCCCCCGUGCAUUUCUAUAGAUCCUCCCAUGGAGGAAGAAAGCAGUGCGUCUGCACGAACCAAAGCAUCCGAGAACAGCCUGCUGAGGAGAAGGACCCCCUCGUGCGAGUCCACCGCGUACAGGGACUCUUUGGAGCUUGCCGACAACCAACCUGCAGAGCAGGCCGCCAAGGCGGAACGCCGGGCCCCACCUGUCUGCCGAGGCGAGCACUUGACAAUCCCGAACUUCUCCUACGAACAGCCUGACGUCUGCUCGGCCAGUGGCAUCUCGGACCUGCUGAACAGUGGCCCGGCGGUUCUUCUGUUGGCGGAUUCGCCUUCCGAAGGUGCCGCCGCACCCGAGCCGAAAAAGACGGACCACUUGAAAACUCAGUGUGCCGACUCCGAGAGGAGCCGAGAACUUCUCAGUGGGACAAAGGGCCCCCUACGGAAGCACGGGUCGGUGCCCGCGGUACCUGCGGUACCCGCGGUACCCACGACACCUGCGGUACCCGCGGUACCCGCGACAGACGAACCCAUUGACGAACCGGUAUAG